GUGCGCUGAGGGGCCGGGAACGGCUCCGCGAGGGCGGCGGGUCGCCAUGGCGUACUCGACGUGCUGCAGGGUGGCCAUGGUCUCCUGCCUGGUGCUCUGCGUCUCCCUCCUGCUGCCGCGGACCUUCUUGUCUCGGGGCGGCGGGAGGCAGGAGCCCGGGGCUGCGCCGCUCGCAGCGCCCGCGCCGCCCGAGGGGAAGCUUGGUCGCUUUCCACCAAGGAUGCAUUACCAGGCCACUCCCGACAGCCGAGCUGCCCCUCAUUUUCCAAGGUCUCACCUUGCUGAAGCAGUUGCGAAAGCUAAGGCAGGUGGAGGCGGUGGUGGAAGCACUGGUGGAACUGGGAGAGGUCUUGUGGGGCAGAUUAUCCCUAUAUAUGGAUUUGGCAUCUUCUUAUAUAUCCUGUACAUUUUAUUUAAGCUGGCUUCCAAAGGAAAAACUACCGCUGGAGAGCGGAAAUGCCCUACUGCUGCACCUGGAAACUUGAAGAGGAAAAUCACUGACUAUGAGCUCACGCAACUCCAGGAAAAACUGAGAGAGACAGAAGAAGCUAUGGAAAAAUUAAUCAACAGAGUAGGACCUAACUGUGACAGCAGGACUCAAAAUGUUACAACAGACCAGGAAAAAAGGUUACUUCAGCAACUCCGAGAAAUUACUAGAGUUAUGAAAGAAGGAAAAUUCAUAGAUGGCAUCUCUCCUGAGAAGGAAGCUGAAGAAGCUCCUUACAUGGAGGAUUGGGAAGGUUAUCCAGAAGAGACCUAUCCUGUCUAUGACAAUUCUGAUCGCUUCAAGCGCAAACAGGACACGAUCCUUGUAGAUUACCCUGACCUGAGCCAGCCCUCUGCAGAAGAGCUGGCAGAAAGAAUGGAGGGCAUGGAAGAUGAGGAGCAUCUGUGCAAUGAAACCCUGCUAACUGAUCUCACCAUGGGAAGAGACAGUCAUGAUUUAAUGCAGAAAAAGGAUGAGGUAACUGGCAUCAGUGAAGAGGAGAGGGACCUUCAUCACAGCCAAAGCACUGAGGAGUGCUGCUGUUGCUACGAGGAUGACGACCCUGCUGUCAUAGCGGAGAACGCUGGAUUCCACUCUGAGAGCUGCAGUGAAGCAGAAGAGUCAACCCAAGAGGACCCAUCUGUGGAGUCAGAAAAUGAAAAUGCAGCACUGAAAAAGGAAAAAGCCAGUGAUUCAGAUGAAACAGGCACACUGAGAAAGCGCAACACGAAAGCACUUGAGUAAUAGGAACAAUAGUGGAUGUUACCCAGAUGGAGAAGGUAGAGGUCAUAAAUUGUCGUUCGUGUGGUUUUGUUCCCAAUGAAGAAUUCUCUGUGUUCAUCUCCUUGUACCAAUUUCAUUCCCAUGGUAACAAUCAGUCACGUUAUCUACCUGAACUGGAAGCCAAUGCCUUCAUUCAGGCAGUCUUGUCAUAGCUUACCAUGAUGUUGCCAACAGCACUUUGUCUUUGCUUUUUGGAGACUGGUAUCAUGGAGCAGAUUAUUCGGUUCAGAUAUUUGUGAUUCUUUCCUUUCUGAUUCUGAAGAAACAGUCCAUGUUUUUGCCCUCUGUCA